AUGUAUUAAUUAAUGAUAUAAAAAUAAAAGUAAGAAGAAUUUAAUAAAAAGUUUUUUGGGAGGGCAAAGAAGGGGAUGUUGUAAAGAUUCUUUUUUUAUGAUCGGACCCUAAAUUAUAUUGAAAUUCCAAUUUUCACAGAAUUUAGUGGUCGUAAAUAAAUAGUUCCGAUGAGAAAUACAUAAUGUUUAAAACCGACUUGUAUAUAUGAUAUAGAGGAAUUGUAUUCUAGAUAUGAGAAAUCGAAUUAUUCAAGUUAUGCAAACUUUAUGUGUCAUACUUGUAGAAAGAUGAUUGAUUUAUAGGGUUUUUAUAUGGAUGAAGAUUUGAGGAGGAUUAUAGAAGUGAUUUGGAAUACCUAUAAUAAAUUUAGUUUUUAAUGUUCAAAAGCAGCUAUAUUUAAAGAUGGUUCAUGGGAAGCAGUACUUCCAGAAUAUUUGAAGAGGAUGUAUCGUAAGAAUGUAGAGGAAUAUGAUGUGAAAUAAGAUAAUGAUGAUGUUAUUGAUUAACCUGAAGAGAUAAUAUAAUUUGAAUUACCAUUAUUACAUGAGUUUGAUGUUUAGGAAUAUGCAGAAUUGUUAGAAUAAGAAGAUAGAGGAGAUGAAAGACAUCAUGAUAGUGAUAUAAUAUUGAGACGUUAUAAUUUAUAAGUUAAAUGGGGAGAGUUUGCAUAAUUUAAAAAUCAAGUUGUAGUGUCUAUUAAUGUUAUGGGAAUAUUUAUGCGUUAUUUACAUGAUUAUUUAGAAGACAGAAAGAAUGCAUUAAAAAUGCAAGCUAAACUUAAAUUAGGUAUAUUAUGUAUUAAAGUUACAUCUUAUGAUCGUUUUUCAAAAAGAGCGGAAUUCUUUUUUCUUUCAGAUAAUUUAGAAGGACCUAAAGCAAAUUAUUCAGAAUAUGAAUAAGUCAUUAUAGCACUCUAUUAUGAUGAAAGAUGGAUUGCAUUAAUUUGUGAUAUUGAAGCAAGGAGAUUGAAAUUAAUUGAUUUUCUUGAAGAUACUAUAGCUAGAACAACACUUGAUGAAGUUUAUGAAUUAGGUUAAUAUUUGAUAUCUCAAAUAUUUUCACCAUAUAAAUUUCCUAAAAAUCCAUCAAGAGAAUUACUUAUAGGUUAGAUUUAAGAAGAUAUGAGAAAUGAAAUUCCUAGAAAAAUAUAGUUAUAUUGUGAUUGUGGACAUCAUGUUGCAUAAUAUUUCUAUUAUUAUAUUUUAGAAGAAAUAGAAUUAAUUAAGAUUUAAUAGAAAUGGCCAUAGGAUGUUGGUGUCAAGUAAAAGAUUCAUAAUGUUAAAUAUAAAUUAGGUGAAUAGGAUUAUUUUACUGCUAAAAUAUGUUGGGUACUUUUAAAAAUGUCAUAAGAUACUGGUUUUAAAAUAAUUUAUUAUAAUAUGAAACCUAAAGAGAAAGUAGAGAAUGAUACAUUAGAUGAUUUUAUUAUAGAAAGAGCAAGAUUGAAAGCAGAAAAACUUUGGGAAGAUAAUAAUUAAUAACCAAAAUAAACGACAUUUUAAAUAGUUCAUGGUUUAAAUCAAGUUGAAGAUGUUGUAAUAUCAAAGAAUGGUAAUAAUAGUUUGGAUGAUAAAAAAUAGAAUAAAUAAAAAAGUAGAGUAGAGAGAUAUUGGGGAAUGGAGAGUGGAGUAUAAUUUAAUAAUUAAAGAAGGAUGGAAAGUGGAUUAUAGUAUAAUAAUAAUUAAAGAAAUAUUAAUAAUAAUAAUGGAAUUCAAUAAUAAUAAAAAGAUAACUCAUUAUUGAGUAAUUUAAGUUUUUAGUUUGGUAAUUAAGAGUAACCAACAGUGAAACAUUAAUCUUAAUUAUAAGAUGAGUCCAAAUCUAUAUAAGAUGUGCUUGGAUAAUUGGAAGGUAAAAAUAAAAAUAAAAAUAAUAAUAAUAAUAAUAAUAAUAAUAAUAAUAAAAAUAAUAAUUAUAAUUAUAAUAAUAAUAAAAAUAAUAAUUAAUAAGAGAAACCAUUUUUAGUGAUGCCAAAAGCAUAAUUGUAGUAGUAUUUAUCUGAUUACAAGUAGUAAAUCAUAAAAGAAUAUAAAUAAUAAGCAUUAUUGAAAGGAUAUAAGUAAUAAUUGAUAGGAGAAUUUAAUGUAGGAAGUAAGAAAAGUGGAGGAGUAGAUUAUGAUUCAAAAUAAUUGAGUGAGAGUCAAUAUCAUAGAUUGUUAUUGAAUUUAGAUAAAAGUUUGAAUAAGAGUGAAUAGAGGGAAUUGAAAUAACUAUAAUCUGAGUUAGGUUUGAAUGAGUAAGAUUUGGCGAAUUUAGAUGCUUAUCAAUAUGAUCAAUUACUUGAUAUGAUGAAUUAAUGAUUAUAAAUAAUUAAACAAGCAAGAGC